AUGGGUGAUGCUAGUGGCAAGGACAAGGACAUGAUGGAGCGGGCGUGGAAUCAGGCAGCCAGAAAUUUGGUAUGGCCUAUGUUAACCCGCACCAAUUACCAGGAGUGGUCCGCGCUUGUGCAAUGCAAUCUCGAAGGCAUGUAUCUGUUGGAUGCAAUCGAGUCCGACAAGGUGGAGUGGCGCCGGGAUCGGCUCGCUCUGGGCGCCAUGAUCCGUGGCGUGCCUCAGGAUAUGCACUCCAUGCUCUUGAACAAGAAGUUGGCGAAGGAUGCAUGGGAGGCAAUCAAGUCGAUGCGUCUCGGUGCAGAACGUGUGAAGGAGGUGAAUGCACAGAGACUGCUGGCGGAAUUCUAG